AUGACAAACCCUUAUGGUCGCUGGCAUAACGCAUGCAUUGCUGCAAAGAAAGAUCUAUUAUUGCAAGAAACAUUCUUGUACUUCAUCAAACAACAAAUCUUUAAGUUGGCCAUUGCAGAUUGCAGAAAGUCAGAGCAUCUCCAUUGCUCGUUCAUCUGCUCACAUCUGAAUAAUUUCAGUUCGAUUACCAUAGUUAUGGUGGGUCUUUCUCUUGGAGAGCAAAAUUUUAUAAAAGGUGGAAUUGCGCAGGAUUUGCGUACUGAUGGUCGUAAGCGAUUAUCUUACCGGCCCAUCUCUGUGGAGACUGGUGUCAUUCCUCAGGCAAGUGGCUCAGCAAGAGUGAAGCUUGGGGCAACAGACGUUAUUGCAAGUGUGAAGGCUGAGCUUGGAAAGCCAAGUGCAUCUCAUCCUGAUAAGGGGAAGGUUUCUAUAUAUGUAGAUUGCAGCCCGACCGCUGAGCCAACUUUUGAGGGCAGAGGGGGUGAGGAAUUAGCUACUGAGCUCUCAUCCGCACUUCAACAGUGUCUUUUGGGAGGUAAAAGUGGGGCAGGAGCUGGGAUUGAUCUCUCAUCUCUAUCCAUUGUUGAAGGAAAGAUCUGUUGGGAUCUGUAUAUAGAUGGUCUCGUUGUAAGCUCAGAUGGUAAUAUACUCGAUGCCCUUGGAGCAGCCAUCAAGGCAGCCCUAAGCAAUACAGCUAUUCCAAAAGUCCAAGUCGCUGCUAAUGCCCCUUCAGAUGAGCAGCCGGAGGUUGAUGUGAGUGACGAGGAAUUUCUACAAUUUGACACAUCUGGGGUUCCUGUUAUAAUUACUUUAACCAAG